GGACCUCCAGGAAACCCAGGAGGCAACGGAAACCCUGGAAAUCCUGGAUCAGAUGGACAGCCCGGAAAUCCAGGAAACCCAGGAGGACCAGGAGCCCCCGGACCUCAGGGACCACCUGGAAAUGACGGACAGCCAGGAAACCCUGGAUCACCCGAAUACGGCGUCCAAGACUCUUUAUUACCUGAGCUUAUCUAUCUUUCGCAAUUAGGUCAGCAUAGUCAGCUUACAAAAAGACCUCCUACUUAG